ACUGGGGCAGCGCGCAACUCGACAGUUAGUUGGCUAAGUGGGACGGCCCCGUGUCAAACACAAAAUGGCUGGUCUACCCGGCCAGCGGGUUAUAUACAUUGGACUCUUAAUGACUCUGUUUGUUUCGACCUCAGCGGAUAAUUACUUCUUCCCCGUCACUGGUAACUGUACGAAUGGAUCACGCAAAGUGUUCAGAGUAUGGUCAAGUCAACCCAGACCUGGCUCCUUCCAUUGCAUCCAAUACGACGGCAUGUGUACGGAUGCAGACAUUCCGGACCACCUGAAGGACCCAGUGAACUUCAUGGGGAAGCCCCAAUCGUUGGAUGUCAGAGCGUACAGUGCACGAAUCCCAAGCAUAGGAUACAGGUCCGGAAUAAACGUGACAUGGACACCGCCACGGCAUGAGUCGAGGCUCACAGACCUGAAAGGUUUUAUGAUUCGCCUCUAUCCAGUACUGGGCACGGCUAACACGGCUUGUCGUGUGUUCGACUUCAGCCAGAACAAUUUCACUUCAGCAGACGUCAGUCUGUCGUUCAACAAAGAACUGUUUCCAGUUAAAGCUUGGAACGUCGUCUACAUGGUGGUCGUAACCACGCUCCCAACACCGAAAUCUGGAAAUGAAAUCCACUUUCACAGAUACCAAGGUGUUAGGCCACCCCCUCCAGGAAAUGGGACUCUUGGAUGGCCAAUUGACUGGUCGGCCCCUCUGUCGUACGACAACUCGACCCCCGGGGAGGUCAAGGUCGGCUUUGGUUUCGCGCCAGCCGAGUUUGGCUUCGAACGAUAUCAGCUGGAAAUUGUUGAAAAAGAUGCCAAGAAAGUUUACAAGUAUAUCAUCAUAAACCAGAACGAUUUAUCAGAUAAAACCUGGGCAUCCUGGACGUUUACUAAUGUAUUCAGCUCUACAUGGCGAGUUCGAGUUCAACCAAUCGAUCCAUUUUUCAACGAUUACCACAGAUGUCUGUGCUUCCGCGGAAUAAAUGCUUUGGGAAACAGGAACUGCAAAUCAUGUAUGAUUACUCAAAGUGCUGAAUUUACCACAGAGGGUUCAUCAUUACCACCUGUAUUGACGACAGCAACAACAACAAGAACAAAAAGAACAACGGCAACAACGAAAACAACGGCAACAACAACAACAACAACACCUUCAACAGAUUUUUCAAAAUCCACAAUGAACGGACCAGUCACCGACAUUGGGAAGAUCACCGGCUCGAUCGUUGGCACGAUUCUAGGUGUGGCUCUCCUUGCAAUUGUUGGCUGUGUUCUGUGGAUGAAACGCAAAUCACGCGCUGACACGAGCCUGAAACUGUUCCACAACAAUAACAACAAACCACAUCAUCGGGAUAUUUAUACCAUAACUCCAGGCCUUGCCACGAAGACAGUGUUUAUACUGAACGCAGACGACCAUCUGCACCACAAGCAGGUCAUAGAACAGUUUGGAGUCUACCUGCAGACAUACUGUAAAUGUGACGUCAUCUAUGCCCCGUGGCGCGCCAACGAGAUUCGGGCUCAGGGAAACGGCAACCUGUGGGCCAUCACUAACAUCAGCAGGUGUGACUACACGAUCAUCGUCAAUUCUGAGGCAGCAUUCAACCUCUUUGAAGCUGUGAAGGGCCAGGACCAGAGAACUAUGUACAAAAACCCAGACGCCAGCCCUGAGGGGGAUCUGUUCACCCCAUCCAUCAGGUAUAUAGUCUCUAAACUCGGUGAUCUCGAAUCAUUCCCCAAGUUCAUCAUGGCGUCUUUCGAAUAUACGAAAGAUGAGCACAUCAUCUCCGAGAUAAACCCUGGACUCCGGUACAAGCUGCCGAAACACCUUCCUAAUCUGCUGUGCCAUAUACACAAGCUGGACACUCAAGCUAUUACCAACGACCUGCCGUGUAGCGAUAAUAUUGCAGAUACGCUCGAAGGAAAGAAGCUGGAAAAGACUAUUCGCAUAGCUGCAGCCUUCGAGAGACGGAAUCCGAAAUGGUUUAAGGACCGGUACAUGAGGACAGAUUCUGGCUUUCAUUCCACUGCGCCAGACGAUCUCCAGUCACCCUCAGAGCAUCAUUUUGUUGAUCCUUCCUUAGACAAUUUUGGUGUGACGUCCGACACAAACAGUGCGUUCACGUAUUUACCAUCGGAAUACGCACAGGGCGACGACCCCGGAUACAACUUUGACCCAUUCUGUCCUGAUAGUCUGGAACCGCCCGAGGACAUAGGUCACUUUGAAAGUCUGAGCAUGACGCUGAGCGACCAGCUGAGAGAGGUGAACAGAUACUCGGACAUGGACGAGGAGCUGGGUCUAUAUCCUGAUGGUUUCAUUCAUCUUGACUGUCAGAGUCUGGGAGGGAAAAGUGUCUGAUGUCUAUAUGGCAAUCAUUCACGUGUUUAGGUCUCAAUAGAUUUACAUAGAAAUCCAGCGAAUAAUAUCAUCUUGCAAGAUCACACAUACAACAACAACAGCAGCAGCAGCAAUGUUAAUAACAAGACGCAUCAGACAAAAUAACUUUAAUGAGAAUAGCCAGGGCGUUGAUGGGGUUUCAUGUUCCCCCAAAUGACAUCUCAUUUACCCGACCAUCUUGUCGCCCCAUAACACACUUAAAGACAGUACAGGUAUGGCUACUCCAGUGAGAAUAACAACACAAUGGAACGCAACGUAACGCAACCUAACGUAACGCAACGUAACGUACCGUAACAUCACAAUGAUGCAACACAACACCACACAAUGCAAUACAGUACUACACCGCGACACAAGACAACACAAACCCACACAUACAAAGACAAGCUCACACAGAUUAAUAUAAUGAAAGACGGUUUUUGAAAUGUCUCGGUUUGAAUACAUUUAACAGUAUUGUCUUGUCUCACAUGCUUCUGUACCAUCACCAACUAAUUCCAGAUUCUGUUUUCAACUGAGAUGUGUUUAUUGAACUUCAACCUCACCCGCCAUAUGGAAACACUGCAACUGAUAACCACAUAAUCGAGUGGCCGCGUUUCGUGUUCCGCGCCAGGUCCCCGCCGCACCAAUAACCGCGCAAAUAGCGGGAAACUAACACUAGAAUUAUAAAUACUUCAGAAUUAUAUAUAAAAGGUUAUAUUUAAUGACACUCCAACAUUUUAAAUUACAGUUAUAUGGCGCUGGACAUAUGGUGAAGGACCACAUAGAUAAUUAGAGAGGAAACCCGCAUCCGCCACUCACUUGGUUAGUCUUUUCGAU